AUGUGUAGUAAAAGAUUUAACCGCCAAAAGCUUGACGAAGCAGUUGGGAGAACAUCAGGGAAGUGGUGCUCAACUGAUGGGUUAGUAUCAUAUUGGAUUUCGGGUCAAGGUUGCAUUCUUAUGGGUAGCACAGGGAAUCAGGAUGAAACGUUAAAAUGUGGUAAUAUUUAUAGAUUCAUGAUAAACGGACAUUUAGGUGGACGAAAAUUAGUAAAUGCCAUAACAACGGGAAAUUGA